AUAGUUCAACCGAAACCAUGAAGUAAAGUUGAGAGAAGUCUGGAGACUGAGGUAUUUUCGUUUCUCCUAAAUGACGCACUAGGUGAAAAGAAAUAUGGCGGACCAGGUGUGCUUCGGUUGUAGUCUCUUUGGCCUUUUUAAAACGUAGUUCUUCACGUGGAAAAAUACUUACAAGCGUGAUGUAUCCAAGAGUGAAGAGAUCACUCUCUGAUACUGGCAGUCCUUCGGCAAAAAGAACUUUAUUUCGAUCGUUUUCCGUGUCAGAUGCCGCUGGUAAUGGCACACAGCGUGAAACUAACGGGAAUUCAAAACACCACCACCACGGCCACCAGACAAGCCACAGUCCCGCAAGAAAGCAGCGCUUUCAUUUGCCGAUCUACACCGGACGCAAUGCAAUAAUUGCUGAGGUACGGAGGAAGGAAAAUGUGAUUAUUGUUGGAGAAACGGGCAGCGGGAAGACAACUCAAAUCCCUCAAUAUCUUCACGAGGUGCGUUUGACGAAACUCGGAGCCAUCGCAUGCACGCAACCCCGACGUGUUGCGGCGAUCAGCAUCGCACAGAGGGUCGCUAAGGAGAUGAGCGUUCAGCUGGGAGAAGAAGUAGGCUACACGGUGCGGUUCGAGGAUGUGACUUCCGCGAAAACUCGCGUUAAAUACAUGACUGACGGAAUGCUACUGAGAGAAGCUGUGAGCGAUCCUAUGCUUCAGCGAUACUCUGUUGUCAUUUUAGACGAAGCACAUGAGCGAACUGUGCAUACUGACGUCCUUUUUGGUGUUGUGAAAUCAGCUCAGAAGACAAGGAGAGAGAAAAAUCUGAAACCUCUUAAGAUCGUUGUCAUGUCUGCCACGUUAGAAGCAGAACAUUUCUCGCGUUAUUUUAGCAGUGCUCAAGUGUUGUACAUUGAAGGCCGACAGCAUCCCGUGCAGGUGAUGUAUGCAGUUGAGCAACAAAAGGAUUAUGUUCAUGCUGCACUUGUGACGGUCAUGCAACUCCACCAAGAAAUGCCACCUGGUGGUGACAUUCUUGUUUUCCUGACUGGGCAGGAUGAAAUUGAAUCUUUAGCAAAGCUGGUAACAGACUGUGCACAACACUGUGGGCCAGAAUGCCCUGAACUUUUGGUGUGCCCCAUGUUUGCUGCUCUACCAUCACAGCAUCAAAUGAAAGUGUUCAUUUCUGCUCCUCUUGGGAAAAGGAAAGUUAUUCUGGCAACAAACAUUGCAGAAACAUCAAUUACAAUCCCAGGAGUGAAAUAUGUUGUGGAUACAGGAUUUGUAAAGGGGAAAGCUUUUCAUCCUAAAACUGGUCUUGACAUACUGAAAGUACAACCAGUUUCAAAGGCACAGGCAAGGCAGCGCUUAGGACGAGCAGGACGUGAAACUAGUGGAGUGUGUUAUCGUCUUUACACGGAGGAACAAUUUGAUGAACUAAAGGAGAUGACUACUCCAGAAAUCCAGCGGUGCAACUUAGCUAGUGUUGUUCUGCAGCUCAUGGCUCUUGGCAUUUCUGAUGUGCUUCAUUUUGACUUCCUUGAUCGCCCACCACAAGAUGCUCUAGAAAAUGCACUAGAACAGUUGGUGGUGCUUGGUGCAGUACGAAGAGGGAACAGUGGUUACGAGCUGAUGCCCCUAGGCCGUCAAAUGGCUGAUUUUCCAUUGGAGCCCAGACUGGCCAAAGUGAUCUUGGCAUCUCGAGAAUUUAACUGCAGUGAGGAGAUAAUUACCAUUGUGGCCCUUUUGUCUGUGGACUCACUCACAUACACCCCACAGAGUAAACGUGAUCAUGCCAUAGCAGUGCGCAAGAAGUUCAUUUCAUCAGAAGGUGAUCAGAUGACUCUUCUGAAUAUUUACCGAGCCUACAAAGCCGUCAAUGGCAACAAGGAAUGGUGCCAUCAGCACUUCAUUAACUCACAGACUGUUAAAAGAGUCAUGGAUAUAAGGAAGCAACUAAGAGAUAUAUGCACAAGACUGGAAUUUCCUUUGAAUUCUUGUGGCAAGGACACUGUAAAUAUCCGUCGUUGUCUUGCCAUGGGACUUUUCAUGAAUGCUGCUGAGCUUCAGCUUGAUGGAACAUACCAGACUGUGACACAUCGGCAGCCAGUCGCCAUUCAUCCUACAUCAGCCUUGUUCAGUUGUAAGCCACAGUAUCUUGUUUACAAUGAACUUAUUCAAACUUCGAAGUGCUACAUGCGCGAUGUGUGUGUCGUCGAUCCCUCUUGGCUUCGUGAGGCUGCACCAAACUAUUUUAAAGAACACAGACUUCAUUCCCUGCCGACAUCAGUUCAUUCUUAUUAAUCAAAACAAAGUUGAAGUUUUAAACAGAACAAAGAUAUCAAUUCAAAGUUGAAGUUUUAAUGCAUUAAGGAGAACAUUGACUGCAUCCUUCUAUUGCUGAAAUGAAAUUUGUUUGUACUGACCAUACACCACUGAGCCAAAAAUGUUACCUGUCUGAGUUUGAUGUUAAUAGACUGAAAUAUAAUAGUCAUUACAAUAUUUAUAUGCUAUAACCCCACAGGGAUGGCAGUCAUUGGGGUGCUUGCACUUGCAUUGACCAAGGUGUCUUGGUUGCCACUUACACAUGUAUGGAGUUUUCAAAUUGAAACUCUCGCAUGUUUUGUCAUGACUGAAUUUUUUCAACUACCUUAGCAGGACCAUAGCCAGAAAAAAAUUAUGAUGCCCGUGGUUAAAUUCUCUUUAGCAUUGUUUAACCUUCUCCUUCCACAAAAAUAAGAAUGAAAAAAUGACUGACGCAAGUGCCUCGGUUUGCCCUCAUACUGGCUAUAGCCUUGUUUGGUGUUUAGUACUAACUAUGCUACUGUCUAUAAAGUUGAUUUACGAAGCUAAAUCAGACACAAGAAGCACCUUUACACCUGUACAUUAGACAUGGACAUAAAGUAAAAGUCUGGUACCUUUAAUUUAGUUCUAUUUUUUUUCAGUUUCCGAAUGCUACGAACAAAUAUUCUAUCACUUUUAUUUUGAAGCUCCCCUUGGAGUGUACAUGUAAUUUAAAGAGACCUAAAGUCAGUGCUAUUAUAAUUAAAAAUGUAGUUGUUUAUUAUUAACGACAACAGUUGAAUUUUUGUAACUGGGAAUAGUUUUAUUGUCAGUCCUUGUCACUCCCAAAGUUGAUGGAUAUGACCACAUAUUUGCACAUUGAAGAUUAUACAUGUUUCAUUGUGAAUACUGUAAUAAUUAAAAACUUGAUUUUCAGAAAACAA